CUCGUCUUCGGUCAGGUUGUCGCAUUUCUCCCUCCACGGCGAACUCUCUAGAAUCUCAUUCUCCCGUCGGCGAACUCGUUCCGAUCUCUUUCUCCGGCAAAUUCCACUCGUUUCAAUAUUUUUUUCUCACGGGCCAUAAGAUCAAGAACUGGGGAAGUAUGGGCCGCAAAGCUGGGACUUUAUAUAUUAAUCCAAGGAACUUCGGAAGCCUCCAAAAACCUUGCGCAAAAGAAAUGGUCACAUUUCUUAAUUGUUUAACUUUAAAUCAUAACAAGGAUGAGAAGUGUGGCAGGCAAAAGUCACUUCUGAGUACUUGCAUGGAAGCUCAGAGUGGCAAAAACAGAAAGCCUUGGGGUAGCAUCAAUUAUCACCUUCAGAGGCUUAGCAGGGGAAGGAAGUAACUUGAAUCAAGUUACAUCUGCAUUUUUUAAACCGGGGCGGUUGUGACUUUUUGGCAUGUUUUGAAAUUAGUUACUGAGAUGGUUCUUUCAAUUUCUCAACGAACAACGUUUUCCUUAGACGGUCUGUAAUUUCUAUUGAAUAGUAUGAAUUUAGACUCGAAAGGCAGUCGAGGAACAUCUUUUACUGUCUGGUUCAGUAUGUGGAUUUUUAGCCUUUCUGUUGUAGCUAGAAAGUUGAUAACCAUCCCUAGGUUUCAGAUUGUCUCCACCACAAUAUCUGUAGCUCUUAUAGUAGUGCAAUAACUUGUGUUGGCAGGAAGGGAUUUGUUUAAAUUGAGAGAUAUAUUAUCAUUUACAUACUGUUUGGUCU